AGUUGGAAUUUUUGGUCAUUUGAGGGAGUACGUGUUUAUAUUUUAUUUUGAAUGAACUUAGUGAUCCUCAUCAUGUGUUUUGUGUUGCAACUCUAAGGUUGUACUCAAAUAUCUAUAAAAAAAAUACUCUUUCGUAUUAUUGAAACGUAUAUUUGUGUAAAAUAAUUCAAGAUGAGGUUAGCUGGUGCCAUUUUCAGCAAUGUUACCAAAAUGUUGGACUUUUAUUCACAAUUUAAUCCGUCGCCGUUAUCCAUAAAGCAGUUUAUAGACUUUGGUCUCAAUGCGUGCGAGAGGAAGUCAUUCCUGUUUCUAAGAAAGGAAUUGCCAGUCAGACUGGCGAACAUAAUGAAGGAGAUAGCUCUACUGCCAGAUAACCUGCUGAGGAUGCCGUCAGUGGGCAUGGUGAACCAGUGGUACGAGAGAUCGUUCGAGGAGAUUAUACAGUUUGAGAAAAUGGACCCGGAGCCACCCGUGUUGACACAGUUUUGUGAGCGCCUCAUUCACAUAAGGAACCGUCACGCUGAUGUGGUGCAAACGAUGGCGCAAGGUGUUCUUGAGCUGAAAGAGUCACAUGAAGUGGACGUCGGCACCGAGAACUCGAUACAGUACUUCUUGGAUCGGUUCUACAUGAGUCGGAUAUCGAUAAGGAUGUUGAUCAACCAGCAUACUCUUCUUUUCGGCGAAGAACAAGUUAGCGCUCGACAAGCAUCAGUCUCCGGUAUAGGCAACGGUGGCCGCCAUAUUGGGUCCAUUGAUCCCGCUUGUGACGUGGUCGUGGUCGUCAGAGACGCUUAUGAGAAUGCGAGGUUCCUCUGCGACAGAUAUUAUUUGGCGUCGCCCGACCUUGAGCUGAUGCAGAUGGGAGUGGCCAGCGAUCGUCCGAUGCCGAUAGUUUACGUGCCGUCACAUCUUUACCACAUGCUGUUUGAGUUGUUCAAGAACGCCAUGAGAGCGGUUAUGGAGCAUCACGAGAGCGCUCCCCCUCCUAUACAAGUGAAUCUGAUCAAUGGAAAAGAAGAUAUAUCCGUGAAGAUGUCAGAUCGUGGCGGCGGCAUUCCUCGUAGUGUGACAGAUCUCCUGUUCAAGUACAUGUAUAGUACGGCGCCGCAACCGUCCAAGUCUGAUUCACAUACUGUUCCACUCGCCGGAUAUGGAUAUGGCUUGCCUUUAUCCCGGCUUUAUGCGAGAUAUUUCCAUGGUGACUUGGUACUAAUGUCCUGUGAAGGUUAUGGAACUGAUGCAGUCAUAUAUCUCAAGGCACUUUCUAACGAAGCGAACGAGUUAUUACCGAUAUUCAACAAGACAUCGACUAAGUUCUACAGACCGGUAGCCCAGUUAGCUGAUUGGUCCGGAUCUUUAAAUACAGCAAGCAAUUCUUGUAAGAACAGAGAGAAGGUAUCGCCCCUAUCCACGCCUGUUUCUAAUAGUAUAUAGCCGGAAAAAUGCGGAGCUGAAAUUGAAGCUCCGGUCUCAGAUAAAUAAAUUUAUCUUUCAGGCUGCAUGGUUGUAGAUCCCUUUGCCUUGACAACAGUCGAAAUUAUUAAAAAUAAAAGUAGCGCGCCAAAAAUUUCAAAAUUCGAAUGUGUAUAAUAAAAUAGUUAUUUAAUAUUAUUUGGUUUUUCUGUUAAAAAAUAACUUUGAGAACGAUUCUAUUUAUAAAUUGGAAACUUUAUUACGCUUGCUAAGGUUGAAAAAUUACAAGUUAAUUGUCAUAUUUUUAUGAAAUUCGUAUCGUAAUUUAUUAUUGUUGAAUUAACUAUUUGAGGUAUUUCUGUACUUUUUAUGUAAAAAAAAUAAAGGAGCAGCAUUACCAAUUGUGAGCGUCAUAAUUGUCUCUUUCUUUCUUAGAUAAAGCCUUAUAUCAAAUGUAGAGACGCCUAAUAAUCAUUCAUUACUGUUAAGUAAGUUUAUUUUUGUCUAUUUUAUUAUUUUUAUCAAUGUGAUAUUUAGUGAUAUAAGGAAGGAACAGGAAGGAAAACUAUGGACUGAAAUGGUUACUUGAUGUAUUUUAUAGUUUCGCCUUGAUUAUCUAACAAGUCUUACCAAAAUCAUGUUUAAUAUUACAAAUCGAAAAAAUAUAUAAAGAUUAAUCAUCGAGUGCUUUAUUUAUCAAAGUUCUUGUUACAAUUUUAAAAUAUUCGGUUCCCGAGAUAUAGCCAUAUUAACAUAGACGUAUAUGUAUGACGUCAUAAAUUCGAAAUAACAUCUUAGGGUGUAUCCGAACCCAAUAAAUUCAGCUGUAAAGUGUACGGACUUUUUCGUAUCAAGUUGAAACUAUAAAAUGCAGAUGGUGAAGAUAUUAAUAUUACUCUAUUAUAAAUUAAGAGAAGAUAUCAGAAAUACUUAUAGAGCUUGGAUAGCGUUAGGUAUGAUAUUGUUAAGUGAAAAGUGUGAUUGUAUAUUUGUUUAUAAUGUAUUUAUGUGCGAGUGAAUAUGUAAAACACAUGUAUAUAAUGUUGAUUUAAUCACCAUACCGCUCAAUAUGUUAAAAAUAAAUACAGUAGGAUGAAAUUAAUUUGAUUCGAUUUAUCGACGUUAAUUUAAUUUAACGUUAUUGGAACUACAAUUUUGUAAUUUAUUCAUUGAAAUACUAUUUUUUAUUUAUGCAAUUAUGUCAUUGUGAGCGGUAUAUAUGAAAAAAUACUCGUCUAAAUUCUCCGCGUGUCGACCUCUUUGUACUAGAUAUACAUUUAGCUGGUAAUAUGUUAACGUUUACUUUUUUUUUAUUUGAAGCAGAUUUAUAAUUCUUUGCUUUUCCUUUCGAACUACUUACACUUAAGAUUUGGAAAAAACCAUUGUUUUUAUUUAAGAUGAUUAUUUAAAAAGAUUUUUCCAUAGCUUUCUAAUUUUUUUACAGUUUAUUUUUAAUAUUGUUUAGUUAAUGGACUUAAAUACUUAUAAUGUAACCUUAAUAGACAUGGUCAUUUAGUUUAUAUUGCUAUAACCAUAGAGAUACACGUGGCGCUGUUUGGAUAUGCAGUAAAAUGUCCUGUAAAAAAAAAGUCUACAUUGUUAUUGAUAUUGGUCGUUUAACCAUUACAUAAGUUGACUUGUUAACUUUAAUUUCAAAUAAAAAUAAAAGUACACAUAAAAAUGUAUCGUUUUAAGUAACACUUAAUUAAAAAAAUAUAAUAUCGGUACACACUAUUCUGUUGUAUUAACCAGUGAAAAAUAAAUAUGUUAAUAAGGAAACAGUUAAUAUUUUUUUAAUGCAUAUCGAAUUACAAUUUUACAUACCUACUGAUUACGUAAGGUUUUUAUUAAUUUUGUGAAACUCUUGAAAGUAUGAGAAAUAUAGUAUUUUUGUAUACAUAAUAAUCAACUAAAAGUGCAGAGCCUCUUUUUCUAUCCAUUAGAGAAAAAUAAGGAUGGGGAACAUAUCAGAACGGUACACUGAAUGAGUAGUAGAUAAAAGUGACAAUUUAUAAUAUGGUAAAAAAACAUUGAGAUCACGGGGCCGAUUUAAACAAUAUUUACAUCAGCGCAAUGAUUUCACCGAGCAACAUAGGCAUAAGCUAUUUUUUCACAAAGUCUACAAAGUUCCCACGAUCAGUCACAGUGGAGCGAAUGUGACUUUGUUUAACUUAUAAACAAAUGUAAUAAACAUUACGAAGGUCCUUAAUAUGUAAGAUAUAUUUUUGAUAUUCUGCUGUCUCAUACAAUGCGGCGUAGCAAACGAUGCACAAAGAUGUUAUUCGAGUGCAAUAAGCUAAUCUCUUCAGUUUUAUUGUUUGUUUUCACUGUCGAUGAAGCGUGUAUGUUUGUAGCGAAAUAAAAUAAAAUGCAGUACAAAUGUGACUUACAUAGUACUAAGAAAAAUGUUCGCUCUAUCGGCGGACAAACAAUUUUUAAUGUUGCAUUUUUAUUUCGUUGUAACUAAGUUUAAUUCUGAUUUUAAUUCCAAAACAAAAGUUUUUUUAUAUAAUAGUGAUGUACUAUUCUAGAUAACGAGAAAUAGUGAGUUUCUGCAAAUAAAUAAUUUGAAUAACAUUAUUUUAUUAUUGUAAUGCCUUUAGUGUUAAAGUGUACGUCGA